AUGACGGCUGGGCUUCUCUACCCAGCACUAUUGAAUGCCUACAACGAGGCCUUUGGCCCUAUUGUCCCAGUUCAGCCGUGGAGCAACGAGGAUGAAGUCAUUAGACGAGCCAAUGCCACCCUUACUGGUCUAGGCGCAUGUGUGUGGUCGAACGACCUGGAGCGCGCUGAACGCAUUGCCCAGCAAAUCGAAGCGGGAAGUGUGUGGAUCAACAGUUUUGAAAAACCGCAUCCCGCUGGAUUUUUUAGCGGCUACAAAGAGAGCGGGCUUGGGGGGGGAAUUUGGAGAGUUGGGGAUGAGAGGGUAUUGCACCAUUCAAACCUUCCACUAUGCUAA